UCGUGGCAUCUCAGCAAAGUCUCAGUCUCAAGUUACAUUUUUUUUCCUUUGUGAUCUCGAACGAAAAACGAACCCUACAAAAAACAUUAUUAAAAUGGCGUUCAAGUACCUGAUCUUUGCCUCGGCUCUGUGCCUGAGUCUGGCCUAUCCGCUGGAGCACCAGUACUACGAUGAGAGCCACGGCUACGAGCACCUGGCCCACCACGAGCCAGAGCCGAUACAUGAGUACGGACAGCACCAUCAGAUCGAGCGCAUCUCGCUGGGCGAGGAGCAUGGACACCAAGAGCAAGCUCACUAUGAGACCCACGAGCACGAGGACGAGCAUGUGGAUUACUAUGCCCCGCCCAAGUAUGCCUUCAAGUAUGGAGUCAACGACUUCCACACUGGCGAUGUCAAGUCCCAGCACGAGACCCGCGAUGGCGACACCGUGAAGGGCCAAUACUCGCUGGUUGAGCCCGACGGUUCCAUCCGCACCGUGGACUACACUGCCGACAAACAUAACGGCUUCAAUGCCGUCGUCCACAAGACUGCCCCCGUCCACCACCAUGAGGAGCUGCACGAGCAUCACUACUAGACGAGACCGGCGAGAACAGGCCCAUAGAAUACCUACGUUUAACUUUGCACUAGAGUUAGCCAAAUUGCUCAUCAGCCAACAGAACAGCAUCCACAACGAUCGACCAUGAAAUCAGCUUCAUAUCUCGUAAUUAGGACAUCAGCACACACAUGCCACAGGCCCCAAAGCCCCAAAAGGGGGCCCAAUCUUCACUAGACUUUUCCCUUGUGGUCAUGCCUACUUCAUAAUCAUUUUACUCAUACCUAUAUAUUGUAUUUUAUUCUGUGAUAGCGAAUAAUUUCUACUUGUAUCUUCCGCUUUCAACUGAUCCUUAGUCACUCCUGCUCAGACGAAUUUAUCAAUCAAUCACUUGACUGUAAUCUGUAAUCUGUAAUCUAUAUUGUA